AUGGCAGUCAAUAAUGCAAGAAGGCUACGGCAGAGACGUGACUUCCAAGAUUUGGCAACCUGUUGGAAGCUAUCGACACUCAUUGCCAUGAUGCUCUUGGCGGGAACCAAUUCGUUCACAAUAUCUGCCGGUACAUUAUGCCACGUUCCGCACCCUUCAAGAAUAACGGGUUCAGGGAGACAACAAUCCCAUUCCCGAAUGACCAUGUCGUUGCCUGCAUCAACCGUAGAAGCUCAGCACACGGACCUGAAAGCUGACAUGGAAACUAUUAGGCACAUGACCGAAACCGCUAUAUUUGAGACGUCUUCGAUCAAUGGAUUGGAAGCCCUGCGAACGCUAUCUUUUUUGUGCCAGCGGCGGCUGCCCUACGUCUUUCACACCCAGGAAUCACAAUCCAUUCCUGGCAUUACUAGAAACAACCGCAACGAUAAUGGAGAUGGAAUAUCACUAAUUCGAAAAUGGAGCCAAUUGUUCCCUUCCGAUGUAAUUGCCUCUAUCAAGGAUCAGAUUCAAAGCAUGGAAGAAAAAGGAUGGUGGAGUACGAAUCCAGACUCGGUCGAUGGCCUUCCGUCCUUCCAUUUGAACUUGGUCAGUGAUGGAAAGCCAUUGUUUCCAAUAAGAGAUGGUACGGAAGACAGCGUUGAAGAAGAUAGCGCUAGAGACUUUGAAAGAGGGGUACAACAGUUGUUACAAUUGGUGCAUCCUGUGAUAUAUCAAGAUUUACUUCCAACACUUCAAAAGGAAUGGCUUGCAUCAUCAAACAAGUCCACAAGCAUUCAAGUCUCGGACAUCUUUGUUCGAAGAUACGGACGAGACCUUGAGGAUGCUUGCAUCCAAGCCAGACAAGGCAUCUCCGCCCACUACGACGUCUACUCCAAAGUCACAGCCGUUGUAGCCUUGGAUGAUAUAGCAGCGGAAGGAACCAACGGUCUCUAUACCACCUACUCGUCGCCAGAGGUGCCGCACCAAAGCGAAGAACGUAAUGCCAUUAUUUCGACAAAUCACGCUGCUCUCCGUCGCUUUGUCCCGUUGCAAGAAGGGGACUCAGUCAUCCAUACUUGGGACAUUUUGCAUGGAGUCGACGUCGAGCCAGGACUGGAUCGAACCAGUCUCAUCGUAUGGUUUACGGAAGCAGAGGUUCUGGAUCAAGCAACGGAAGGAGGUGACAGCAAUGCCGAUCAGAGCCAAGACAAGAAAGCGGCCCCGUCAGCUGUAUCGCCCUGGCUUCUUCGACACCCAAACCUGGAGCGUGAUGAUGUGGCGCAAUUCGUCCUUGCAAGUGCCCUAUCAAGUAGCAAUAUCGACAACGAUGUCCAUGGAAGUGCAGAUCUCAGUGAUGAUCGAGAGCAAACUGGAAAGGACUAUCAACGUCAGCUCUACUUGCAAAGCGCGGCUGCUGGUAAUUCGUUUGCGUUAACCCGUGUAGGAAGCUUGAUUGAGGAAGGCGCACUAAGGAGUGAUCUUCUGGAGAAGGCCAAAGGAAUUGCAGAUCAACUACGGCAAUUUGAGGCGCUGCCUGUCCCAAUCCAAAAGUGGGAACAAGAUGGAGACGAAUCUUCUUUAUUGGCGAUGAGAUUCUGGCUGGAAGGUGCCGUUCGAGGGAACCCGUUGGCACAGAAGGCAUUGGCCGAUGAGCUAAUGUUUCUCCAGAGUUCGCAACCUGAUAACGAUGAUUCAGAGGUGAACACGCUAGCUGCUACUCUUUUUGCUCUGGCCGCGCAACAAGGGGACGAAGAGGCAUCCGAUUCUCUGAAAAGGGUAAUUGAUUUUGCGGCUCGAAAUGGAAACGUACAGUCACAAGAAGAGUUCUUGGCAUUGGACGCUGUGCAAAUAGCAAAGGCAGCCACUUCAUGA